AUGAAAGAGAUUGAAGAAUGCGACGUAUGCAAAAAGACUGUCAAGGAUGGUGAAGAAGGCCUGCUUUGUGACGGGUGUUUGAUAUGGAAGCACCGGACCUGUUUAUCAAUGGGUUUAAAGGCUUACCAGAGGAUUUCAAAAUCAGAGGAAGAUUGGCUUUGUGAAAACUGCAAAGUGAAAGGUGAAAGAUCAGAGAAGAAAAGUUCUAAGAGAGAUAGUCAAAAGUCCUACACAAUUGCUGACGUAAUGGCGAAGCUGGAAGAAAUGGACACAAAAUACAAUAACCUGUUCAUGAAAUAUCAGGAGCAGGUGAAGGUGAACAACGAACUGAAAGAGGAACUCUUACAAAUAAAAAUGAACAAAGGGAACUAA